AUGGAGAAAAACAACAUGUCCUCAGAACAGUUCCGAACAGAUCCAAAGCCAGUUUCCAUCCAGGGUAAUACCAAUGAAAUGUAUGGAUCAGAGUUUGGCACCAGUGCCUUUGGGCCACAAGUUGGAGAAGACAUACCAUGUGCUGUUUGUAGAAGUCUGGGCGAUAGCAGCGUGCUUAUGAUUCCAGCCCGAGAUAGCUGCUUUCUGGGAGGCGGCACCAAUAUUCAGGCACCAGUGGCAUUCCACGCCUACCUGAGCUCGGAUAAGACAUACCCUGUUGGUAUACCUUGGAAAUACGACACCAUUCUGACUAACAUUGGAAAUGCAUACAACAAAAUCUCUGGAAAAUUCACCGCUCCAGAAGCUGGUCUUUAUCUCUUUACCUUCUCUACCUCUGUCAAUCUUAACGGACAGGCAGCGCCCUCUUUAGUGGUCAACGGGAAUGUUAAGGUCGUACAGGUGUGUAAUAAUCCACCUCCAGGUAACAAGAGAUUUACCUGUAGUAACACGGCUGUUAUCCAGUUACAGAAAGGACAAACUGUCAAUAUACAAGAAACCGUCACAACUGCCCAACCAUUGGGUACUUUCUCCACCUUUGCUGGAUAUAGAAUAAGCUAA